AUGGCCUCUCCGAAUUCCCUUUCAUCCGCACACCACAGCAGCCUGUACCAACAAUCCCGACCGGUGACCCGAUCCGCGGUUUCACGUCCCGGAUCCAGACGGGCCUCCCCAGCCCUACAGCACGCGGGCUCUAAAAGCUCUCUUUCCCGACACUAUUCCGGCGACAGUUCUGAUGAUGAGGUUCCCGAGCCAAAGUUCAGCGCAUCGGUCAAAGCGCUUUUGGAUGGAGAUGGAUUAGGAUCUUCGCCUCAUCUUCAGAAGGGACAUGCGGCAUAUGAGCGACGUGCGGCUGCGAUGGGAUCAAGACAUAGCAGCCAAUCACCCCGGAAUUCAUCACCCCACGACAAUUCUACCGGUAGUCCAGCACCGCGGGUCGUUCGCAUUGGCAGCGUCUCCAGGUUUUCCCGCGAAGGUUCUCCGCUUUCCAACAGCUAUACUGCCGAGCCGGAAGCGCAAAACCGUCACGAUAACUUUAAAACUCCUGCGCCACGACCGCGAAGUGUUCGAAUCAAUGCAUCGCGCAGUAUAACAAGGUCGCCGUCGUCCGUGUCGCCGUCUUUGAAUCGUUCCUCAGAACGGAACUCGGGCGAUGAGUACGGGAGUGGUGAUCGGUCUGAUAGCGACCGGAAAUCACAUUAUGAAGAUGACCCUGUGUCCAGAUUUGGCACUGCCUCAGCUCUACGGAAUCGCAAUGGGGAUGAUUUCGGUCCUCAGAGCUCUCUGCGAGUCAAGCGGGUGGGGCGACUUACUGGGACUUUUCUCAACGGACCUGCUCGAAGGGGAGUUUUGCGCCGCCAGAGUGAAGAGAACAAUGAAGAUAAUUAUCUGCUCAAUGAUGGCUUGAAAGAGAACGAAGAACCCGACUAUGAAAAUAUCGAGCAGCCACAUCGAGACACUGCGAAGCCAUCAUCACCUAAGGUUUCAUGGGCAGAUCCCAGUCCACCACAGCAGAGUGAAUGGCGACUACCCGAACGACCUGCAAAUACAGUGCGGAAUGAUGGUCCUUUCUCAAGGCCAUCUUCCCCCAAAUCCUAUGAAUCCCAAUCAAAGUCCACCCCAGCAUCAUCGGAGCAGUCUUCGAGACCAUCCAGCGCAAGAGACCAACCCGCCUUUAAAGUUCCAUCGUUACCUCCUCUGCCCUCAAUCAGGGACCAGGAGAACGAGCCACCGCCAACUUUUAGAAGGACAAAGCCACAGGGCUUGAAUGUGCUAGAUAAGCCGGACAAGUUAUCAGCUAUGUACGAAACCGAAAAGAAAGAAGUUGCCGAAAUACCCGGAAACUCACAACGCAAGAUUCUUGCUACUAGAAGUAGUAACACACCUCAUCGAACCGCGCCCCCGCCCCCGAAAAUGUCUGUUCUCGAGACUGCAACGGCGACUGGUGGUGCAUCGACAUCACAGUCGCGAAAGAAGCGAACACAAGUAUCGAUCAACGGCAAACAUUUCACUCGGCUAGAUUGCAUCGGCCGUGGUGGCAGUUCCCGUGUCUAUCGAGUGAUGGCCGAAAACUACAAGAUCUUUGCGCUAAAACGAGUAAAUCUGGAAGAUGUUGACCCGAUCACUCUCACUGGCUACAAGGGUGAAAUUGAUCUGUUAAAGAAAUUGGAGAAUGUGGAACGUGUGGUGCGCUUGUUUGAUUGGGAACUCAAUUCUGACAAACAUUCGCUCAGCGUUCUCAUGGAAAUCGGUGAAUCCGAUUUGGAGAAGAUCCUCACAUACCGUCUCAAUGCCGAAGAUGCUGUCUUCGACAUAAACUUCACUCGUUUCUACUGGAAGGAGAUGCUGGAGUGUGUCCAGGCUGUUCACGACUACAACAUCGUCCACUCCGAUCUGAAGCCUGCCAAUUUCCUAAUGGUCCAGGGACGCCUGAAACUCAUCGACUUUGGUAUUGCCAACGCCAUUCAAGACCAUACUGUAAAUGUCCACCGAGAACAGCAAGUUGGAACACCAAAUUACAUGUCUCCCGAGGCCCUUGUUGAUUCUAACGCAUCCCUUGGGCUGCCUGCAAGUGUUGGUAAGGUGAUGAAAUUGGGCAAGCCCAGCGAUGUUUGGAGUCUGGGUUGCAUUUUGUACAAAAUGGUCUAUGGCCAUCCACCAUUUGCCAAAAUCGCCAAGUAUUAUGAGCGUAUUAUGGCAAUCCCCAACCCCCGUGUACAAAUCGACUUUCCUACUCAUGGUGUCGGUGGGGUCACUGUUCCCCCUGGGUUGAUUCGAACCCUGAAGCGUUGUUUGCAACGUGACCAAACGCUUCGACCAACUAUUGAAGAAAUGCUCGGCCCCCGAGACCAAUUUUUGCACCCCGAUGCUCAACUUGAGGGCGCCCUUCCUGUCACACAAGAUAUGCUCGGUCGCAUCCUCGCCAAUGUCGUGCACCACUGCAAAGCACGUGGCAUUCCCAAGGAAGAAGAGCUUGCUGCAUGGCCAGCCGGAUUCUUUGCAAAGAUCAAAGCAGCCCUGGAAGAAGAAAAUCCUUGA